AUGGUGCACCCAGGCAACGGUGCCUAUGGCUACCACGGCAUGGACGACGAGGAGAUGUAUGAUAUGACAUACUAUGCGGCAGGCCCAUCGGGCUCCAGCGGUGGUCACUUCGAUGAGCGCGACCUCAUCGAUGACAUGAUUGAGGAGAUAGAGAAUUCAACCCCGUCUCCUCCCGAGAGGCGCCCCUAUAACUAUUCACAGCCACAACAUUUUCGUGAAGAGAUCUCCGAAUAUGAAGACGACUACUCCACGCAUAUGUCUCCUCAGCAAUUUCAACCGCCGCAGACGUACCACCAGGAAAUGCCGUCCAUGACACAUCGCCCGGUUUUUGGGUCGUCCUCGAGCCGAGCGCCUGCGCGGCCCUUUGUGACCCCUAAUAAUUUUCCUCGUCCUCCAGUCAACAAUGCCUCAUCCAACUUCCAGCGUUCCGGGCACUCAGGUCAAACUUCCAACCGUUUCUCACCACCCUCCGUCCAUGCCCAGCAUGCCAAUCCCUUUACACCUCGCAAUAAUCAGAACUCCCGGCCACCUCAUGCAAACCCAUACAACGCGCCUCCUUCUUCACCGCCACAGGGCCCCAGUAGCAUUAGACUUCGUCCGGUCUCGGACCUUCCUGAUAUGUACCGAGGGCUCUUCAAGUUUGGUGUCUUCAACGCUAUACAGUCCUCCUGCUACGAUACGGCGAGUCUGCUUGUCUUUCAUGCGAUGAACAGGAGGUUGAUUCUCGAAUAUGCAGAUCAUGCAGUUGUUAGCGCCCCUACUGGCAGUGGAAAAACGGUGCUCUUCGAGCUAGCAAUGCUUCGAAUGCUCACCAACUCAGGUCAAAGUUCGUCAGCCAAAUGCGUCUAUAUGGCACCGACAAAGGCGUUAUGCUCGGAACGAUGCAAAGAUUGGAUCGAGAAGUUUGAGCCGCUUGGGAUCAAAUGCUGCGAAUUAACUGGAGAUACUGUUCAUUUCGGUAAGAGCGCCUGGGGCGACGCCAAAAAUGCCACUAUCAUCGUCACAACUUGUGAGAAAUGGGAUAGUUUGACCCGAAGCUGGCGCGAUCACGGCCAAAUACUGUCGCAGGUUCAGCUCUGCCUUGUGGAUGAGGUUCAUAUUCUGAAUGAAUCCCGCGGAAGCACCCUCGAGGUCGUCAUCUCUCGUAUGAAGGCUCGCGGCUCGGCCGUCCGUUUCGUCACCGUCUCCGCCACCGUACCCAACAUAGAUGACGUGGCUCGUUGGAUCGGCGGCAAGGAUGCUAUCGGUCCGGCUAGAGUAUUCCAGUUCGGGGAAGAGUACAGACCAUGCAAGCUCACGCGUCACGUCUACGGCUUUCAAAAGAGCAGGAACACGAACGAUUUCCAGUUCGCCCAUACACUUGACAAUCGACUAUUCCCUAUUUUGCAGAGGCAUUCAACGCAGAAGCCGAUGCUUGUGUUUUGUGCGACUAGGAAAGGCGUUCUGACGACCGCGGAGACGAUCCUGAAGGAGUACGAGAAGGCGAAGGAGUCGAAGCAGAACCUUCCUUGGCAGGUCCCUCGACGGAUCGAGCAAACCUUUCAGGACCAGCGCCUCGCUAAACUAGCUCAAGCAGGAAUCGGUGUUCAUCAUGCAGGGCUGAAUAUACAAGACCGUAAGACGACGGAGGGCCUGUUUCUAAGCAAAACAUUGAGGGUCGUUGUCGCUACUUCGACACUGGCGGUUGGUGUCAAUCUUCCCGCACACGUUGUCGUUGUAAAAGGUGUGAAGAUCUUCCAGAACAAUGUUAGCCAGGAGUAUUCGGACCUGGACAUGAUGCAGAUGAUCGGACGUGCGGGACGGCCCCAAUUCGACAAGGACGGCAUCGCCAUCAUCAUGUGUGAAUCUGAGCUUGAACACAAGUACACAGACCUCGUCGCCGGAAAAUCCAUCCUCGAAUCAUCUCUGCACGUCAAUCUCGCGGAGCAUAUCAACGCUGAAGUCGGCCUUGGAACGAUCACCAGUGCUGAGAGUGCGAAAUCUUGGAUCCACAGCUCCUUCCUUUACCAACGCAUCUUGAAGAACCCGAAAUACUAUCGCAUCAAGCAGGGUAGUAACACGGAAGAGGGAGUCGAGCAGAACCAUGGCGUAGACGAGAUUGUUGAUGGGAUGGUGGUAAAGACGGUUGAGAGUCUGAUCAAGGCGGAAUUGUUACUUGGAGGCGAAGGGGAGGAGGACGAAUUGGUCCAUAGUCAAUAUGGCGAAGUUAUGGCGAAGUUCUACAUUCGACAGGCGACAAUGGCGAUUAUCAUUAAUCUCCCCGAGAAAGCUACUCUUCGUGAGAUGCUCGAAGCCAUCUCUGCAUCGGAAGAACUUUCAGACUUGAAGAUUCGAGCAGGAGAAAAAGCGGUUUAUCGCAAGCUCCGCGAGCAGGACGAGAUACGCUUCAGGAUUUCGAAGGUUGAGAAGACGCCGGACAAGAUCUUCUUGCUCAUCCAAGCCGUUCUCGGUGGAGUAUCCCUCAACACACCUGAAUAUAAGGUUGGAGACAGUCAACCACAUCUCGAGGCGUUUUCCGUCUUUCGCCACGUUAGUCGGAUAGCUAGAGCGAUCGUCGAGGUUGGAUUAGCCAAGCAGUCGGGUGCCCAAGUUAAAAACGGCCUAGAGCUGGUGCGUAUCCUCAACGCAAAGGCUUGGGAUGAUCGUGCCGUAGUGUUUCGCCAGAUUGAGAAACUCGGAGAUAAAUCGAUCAAGGUUCUAGCUGAGAACGGCAUCACGACCUUCGCGGCCUUGCGUAAAGUCGAUCCUCUCCGCCUCGAAGUCCUACUAAACCGCAAACAACCAGGCGCCGGCCUCCAAAUUCUCAACCGCGUCGCCGAACUCCCGCAGUACUUCCUGACAAUCAAAGAAGUCAGCGUCACUUCCACCGACGGCUUCAACCCGGUGGAAGUUGACAUAUCAGUUGAAUGUGGGUUGAUACUCGACCCCUCGAACGCCACGACCAAGUCAAAGAAGCCGAAAGGCGCACCAGCUUUCGAUAUGACUGCUGUGGUGACUACGACGUCUCCUGACCUCGACUACGUCGAUUUCCGAAGGAUACCGACCAAGGUGCUCAAGGAUAAGAAGACCUUCGUGAUCACAGCGCAUCUUACGAAGCCGAGUCAGUCUAUCCAAGUUUGCAUAGCCUCUGAAAAUAUCGCUGGUGUAAGCGUUACCAAGCUAUACCGCCCGAAAGUCGACAGUAAACAGUUUCCAGUAAUGGAUACUCGACCGCGUAACGCUGUGGAGAUGACACUUGAAGGUUUGGAAGACGAUCCAAACUUCUGGGAUGACAUGAACGCGGACGAAGAGGAGAUCCCCGUCCGUCCCUUGAAAGACUUGACGACUUCGAAGAGUAAAGGCGACGAGCCACAUGCGGCCAAAGGAAAAGUCACGCGGAAGAAGGCUACGGUGGCGUCAAGGUCGUCAACAGACGAUGAGGCUGAAAUCCGGCUACCCAAGAAGUUGGCGAAUGGGAAAUAUGCAGAUGGGCUCGACAAACCUCCCCCUCAACCGAAGAAGGGAAGCACUACUCAAGCUAAUGGCGGUAAGGCGACCGCCACAUCCAAAACUUCGAAGCCGUGCACUACCACAAAGGGCAAGGACAAGGGAAAGGACAAUGAUCAAGGGUGGCGCAAACCGAAGCCAUCGACAUCGACCUCUACAAAGAAACCCACCUCCGCUCGCUCAGACCACGACCUUAAACAACUUGAGGCUCUUCACGAGAGAACUGGUGUCACCUCGAACCUCAAUCUUACGAAGGGCAAGCGCAUCAAGCUACACGAGUCUUUUGAUGAUCAUGUCGACCCUCCGUCCUCAGCCCUCUCUCCUAUUGCUUCAGCUCCUGCCUCACAUCCUCGUUCCCGCCGUCCUCGUCCUCCUCGUCCUUCCUUUGAUCUAGAGUUUUCUAACCUUGCCGACAAGGACACGGAUAAUCGAGGCCGCAACUUGGCUGACAUCUCCGAUGCUGACGAUGACGACCUGCCUGAUGCCCGGGAGCUCAUCCAAUCAGCUACACAGAAGAGGCCAAUUAAUUCUUCUGGCGCGAACAAGGAAUCCUCACCGUCGACUAACUACGACGACAUUGAAAUCGACGCCCUCAUCGCUGAGACGAACUUUGACGAUGUUUUGGAUCUCACUAUGUUUCCUUCCUCGCCUCGUCGUGAGACUUCUGUGACACUCGAAUCUAGUCCUCCUCAGAAGAAGCGAAAGCUAGCUGUUGAUGCUCCUGAUACCUCCUCUCGUACCAAGCGAGUCAAGAUGUUGCAUCCGCCGGUCGCUGCCAUCUCUUCGUUACCCCCUCCGAGGAAGCAGCACAGCGCGAAGCCUCUAUUUGCGCCAGAGACCUCAGAGGAAGACAAUGAGGUCGACGAGCUACUCCCGUCUCCGGUGAAGGAACAGUUGGCUACUCCGCACGCCACCGCCACACGCCCACCAUGGUUCAAGACCGACGAAGAUCAAGGGUUUGUUCUCGACGAAAGCCUGUUCAAGGUCAUAGAUAAAGCUUCGACUCCGUCGAGCCCAGCGCCGAAGGUCGACUCUUCAUCUUAUGCGAACGUAGUAAAGACCCAGAAGAGCGAUGGGGUGACAGAAGAGGGUAUGGACAUGGGUGGCGUGGACAGAGGAAAGCAGGGCGGUUACGGAUGGAAGAGAGAGGACCGACCAGUUACGCGACCGUCGCUCUUCAAGACUGAGGAACGUUCACACACUCAGAGCAGCUUCGGCUCCUCCUUACAUCGCGACUUGGUACCUGGAGCAUCGACGACCAAGACCGAACCCGCACGCUUCUCCUUCCUUGAUAGGUUGAACAAACCAGUAGCGCAAAAAUCUCGACCUUUCGCUAUUCCUGCUGUACCCACCGCACGUCCAACCAGCCCUUCGAAGCCAAGAGAAGUGGUGGACAAGUCGAUCUCGCGUCCUUGGGGGGAUCCGUUGGCGGAGCUGGAUGCGUUCUUGGCGAGUGGUGCUAUUCGGAUCGUCGAUAAAUUUGAGGAUGAAGAAUGA